AUGUCUUCUGUGUUUGAUUUUUAGUCAGACUCGGACCCGGCGCAGGCUUCAGUGGUCGCCGUGGAUCAGGAGCCUGAGCGCUUUGGUCCGACGCGGUUAAAGACGCGGGCUGAGCAUCCGGUGACAGGACGCAGUUCUGCCGGGGACUCUGAAGAUAGACGCUCUGAGCGGCCGGAUUCAUGGUCGUGGAAGCCAGGCCCAUAGUAGGCGAUGUCAGGCGUCCGACCUCCGAUCAUGAACGGGCCCCUGCAUCCCCGGCCCCUGGUGGCACUGCUGGACGGCCGGGACUGCACGGUCGAGAUGCCCAUCCUGAAGGACGUGGCCACGGUGGCCUUCUGUGAUGCACAGUCCACGCAGGAGAUCCACGAGAAGGUGCUGAACGAGGCAGUGGGCGCGCUGAUGUACCACACCAUCACGCUGACCCGCGAGGACCUGGAGAAGUUCAAGGCCCUCCGGAUCAUCGUCCGGAUCGGCAGCGGCUUUGACAACAUUGACAUCAAGUCGGCCGGGGACCUAGGCAUCGCUGUCUGCAAUGUGCCGGCAGCGUCUGUGGAGGAGACCGCGGACUCCACCAUGUGCCACAUCCUCAACCUGUACCGCAGGACCACCUGGCUGCACCAGGCGCUGCGGGAGGGCACGCGCGUCCAGAGCGUCGAGCAGAUCCGGGAAGUGGCUUCUGGAGCCGCCAGGAUCCGUGGGGAGACCUUGGGCAUCAUCGGACUAGGCCGCGUGGGGCAGGCGGUGGCGCUGCGGGCCAAGGCCUUCGGCUUCAACGUGCUCUUCUAUGACCCCUACCUGCCGGAUGGCACGGAGCGGGCACUGGGGCUGCAGCGGGUGAGCACCCUGCAGGACCUGCUGUUCCACAGCGACUGCGUGACCCUGCACUGCGGCCUCAACGAGCACAACCACCACCUCAUCAACGACUUCACCGUCAAGCAGAUGAGACAAGGGGCCUUCCUGGUGAACACGGCGCGGGGCGGCUUGGUGGACGAGAAGGCGCUGGCGCAGGCUCUGAAGGAGGGGCGCAUCCGCGGCGCGGCCCUGGACGUGCACGAGUCCGAGCCCUUCAGCUUUAGCCAGGGCCCCCUGAAGGAUGCACCCAACCUGAUCUGCACCCCACACGCGGCCUGGUACAGCGAGCAGGCGUCCAUCGAGAUGCGCGAGGAGGCUGCCCGGGAGAUCCGCAGAGCCAUCACAGGCCGCAUCCCUGACAACCUGAAGAACUGUGUCAACAAGGACCAUCUGACAGCUGCCACCCACUGGGCCAGCAUGGACCCAGCUGUCGUGCACCCUGAGCUCAAUGGGGCUCCGUACAGCAGGUACCCCCCGGGCGUGGUGGGAGUGGCCCCCAGCGGCAUUCCAGCCGCUGUAGAAGGCAUUGUCCCCAGCGCCAUGUCCCUGUCCCAUGGUCUGCCCCCCGUGUCCCACCCGCCCCACGCCCCUUCUCCCGGCCAAACCGUCAAGCCCGAGGCGGAUAGAGACCACGCGAGUGACCAGUUGUAGCGCGGACGGAGCUCUGCAGCCUCGGCGUCCUCGGCCGGGCGUGUGUGGAGGAGGCGCCCGCAGCGACCACGGCGCUCCAGAGACUGUCCCGGCGACAGGCGGCGACAGGCGGCACCGGCCUCCCCGCGUCGACUGUAGUAGUCCCAUCCCAAGGGCCGGCCGCUGCCCUGUGUCCUUUGCGUCCUCGUUAAGCAAAAGAAGUUAGUAGUUAAUUCUAUCAUGGAUGUCCUCGUCGUGUGCGGUCUUUAGAGCAUCACAAAGGAUUUGUUUGCUUAGCUGCCAACAGACAAGGCCUGAGGGGCAUCAGCAGGUCACUUCAGGUUAUUCCCUUUGUGCGCUGGGACGUGCCCGGAGCGAGGCAGCUGGCAAACUUCUCAGGACAAUGAAUCCUCCCGUUUUUCUUUCUACGCCACGCAGUGCAUUGUUUUUUCUACCUGCUUGUCUUAUUUUUAGAAUAAUUUAGAAAAACAAAACCAAGGCUGUCUUUCCCGAUUUUGGCAUGAACCCCGUGUUCCAAGUGAAGGCGGCCUCGCGCAGCGGCCGGCAGGGGCGAGCGGCAGGUCUGGCCGCCGGCGUCUGUCGUGGGUGUGAUGGCGCGGUCCGGCCUGCGCGGGUGCCGUCCUGCUGAUGUGGUAGGCUAGCAAUAUUUUGGUUAAAUCAUGUUUGUGACUGUAACCAUUUGUAUGAAUUAUUUUAAAGAAAUAAAAACCCCAGAAAGAGC